AAUCAAAAAAAAAUAAAAGAAACGGCAAAAAUUUAUACUGAAAUCUUUUUUCUUCCUUAUUCUCUCAUUCCGCUUGAUUUCGCCGUCCGAUUAUCUCAAGCGCCGAUAAAAUCCGGCGGCACUCACUAGAUCUUGAAACCAUAGUUUGUUUCUUGCUCAAGAUUCUUGAGGAUUCUCUAUAACUAGUUUCGAAGUUGAUCGCUCUUUGGUUUGAGUCCUCGAUUCUCGACGGAUGGCGAUUCUGAGGUGAAUCUGAGGAGCGAGAAAAGAGAAAUCGAGAGAUGGAUGAUAGAGAAGGCUCGUUCGUAGCUGUCAGGCGGAUUUCUCAGGGUCUCGAACGAGGGAGCGUUUACAAUUCAUCAUCUGCUGAGGCUGUGCCUGGAUCAGCAGCUUGGUUAGGCCGGGGUCUUUCUUGUGUUUGUGCUCAGAGAAGAGAUAGUGACGCAAAUUCUACGUUUGAUCUAACACCUGCUCAGGAGGAAUCCUUGCAGAACUUGCAGAACCGCAUUGACGUAGCUUAUGAUAGCACAAUACCCUUGCAUCAGGAAGCGCUGAGGGAUCUGUGGAAACUUGCCUUUCCUGAAGAAGAGCUUCAUGGAUUAAUAUCUGAGCAGUGGAAAGAGAUGGGUUGGCAGGGCAAAGAUCCGUCAACAGAUUUUAGGGGUGGUGGUCUCAUAUCUCUUGAAAACUUGCUGUACUUUGCUAGGAACUUUCAGAAAUCCUUCCAGGACCUUCUGAGGAAACAGGUUGGGGAUCGGUCUGUGUGGGAAUACCCCUUUGCUGUUGCUGGUAUCAACUUAACAUUCAUGCUCAUCCAAAUGCUUGACCUUGAAGCAGUGAAACCACGAACAAUUGUUGGGGCAACUUUUCUGAAGUUUCUUUCUGAGAACGAAUCUGCAUUUGACCUUCUUUAUUGCAUUGCAUUCAAGCUAAUGGAUCAGCAAUGGCUUUCAAUGCGCGCCUCAUACAUGGAGUUUAACACGGUGAUGAAAUCAACAAGGAGACAGUUGGAGAGAGAGCUGAUGCUGGAAGACAUAAUGCAUCUUGAGGACUUACCCUCCUACGCUCUUCUCAAUCAAUAGCCCUUACGAUAAUAAUAAAUAGCAAGAAGAGUUUCUAACCUCAGAAUAACACAAGGCUGCGCUGUUUCUGCCUCUUUCUUUGACCUUUUCUUGUGUUUGGUGGUUCUACUUCUAAGUAACAACUCCAAAACCGAGUUGUUACUUGUUAUAUUAAAACAAGAAAUAGAGUGUGAAAGAGAGAGAGAGGUUGGGAUAAAUCUCAAUUUGGUUUGGUUGCAAAUGAGUGUGUAGCUGAAAUGGGUUUGUUUUCUAACAACGUUGAGGUUUUUUAGUUACUGUGUGAGUGAUUGAUGUUAGUGUGUGGGGGAUAAUAAUGAUUUGGUGAUGUCCACAAAUUCAAAAGCAGUCACUGUUAAAGGACUCUUAACAGGGGUUAAAACUUCAUUUGUUUGUGUAUUAAAAGUUGUUUUGAUUGUUUAUUGCUG